AUGCGCAAUGAGGAUGGUUCGCUUGGUGCACUUUCACCGCAUUCAGUGGCCUCCACUCCCCCUCCCACCAUUCACGGUCGAAUGCGGCGGGUGCCGAGUAACGGCGCGCCGAUCAACGUGGCUGAGCAGUUGGUGCAGAUGUUGCAGAUGCAGCAGCAGUUGCUGUCCGCCAUUGGCCUUUUGGCGCGACAGGAGUGGUUGGUGCUAGGUGACCAACUUCUUUCUGACUUUCAGAGCAGUGCACAAUCCUAUUGA